ACCUCUUUGCCUGAUCUCAUACUUUGGGAUUUAUUAGGGUUUUUGUUUGGCCGAGCAUGAAAACUAAGGAAUCAAAGAUAGAAGCUGAGGAGGAAAGGUUGGACGAAGAAGACGAAGAGGAAGUCAGUUUGUGGAGCUGGGGAGCGGGUUCCGAGGGUCAGCUCGCCACCGGAACCCUUGAGGACCAGUGCGUACCUCAGCCCCUUCGCAGCAUCUCCUCGGUCCAUGGAAUCUCUCAGAUGGCAUGCGGAGGCGCUCACGCCAUCGCUCUAACCACCUUGGGAAGAGCGUUGACAUGGGGAAGAGGCACACGUGGCCAACUUGGCCAUGGAGAUCUGACAAAUCAUUUAAAGCCAAAAAUUGUUGAUUUUCAUGAAUGCUUUGUUAUAUGCCAUGUCUCUGCUGGGUGGAAUCACUCUGGAUUUGUCACAGACACUGGUCGUCUGUUCAUGUGCGGUGAUGGUUCAUUUGGGCAGCUCGGGAAUGGAGAUAAUAAGUCCUACAGCUUUCCUCAUGAAGUGCUGUUCUUUUUAUCAAAGCAUGUUGUGCAAGUGGCUUGUGGGAUGCGCCAUUCCCUUGCUUUGGUGACAGAGUCAUCUGGUAAUUCUGUAUAUGGAUACGGUUCGGCAAGACAUGGCCAAAUAGGUACACGGCCAUCUGGACAUAGAAGACUAAUUAACAUUCCACACUUAAUUCCUGGAUUUGAGGAUUCCAGAAUUGUUAAUGUGUGCGCCAAUGGAGAUCAUAGUGCUGCAUUAUCCGCUAACGGGCAGUUGUACAGUUGGGGCAGAGGGUUCAGUGGGUGCUCAGAUAGCCUCCAGCCUCAACUUCUGCCUUCACUGUUGAGAUUCUCUCAAAUUGCUCUCGGAUGGAAUCAUGCUCUACUGGUUUCUGAUGGUCAAGUAUAUAUGCUUGGUAGGAUGCUUACUUCUGUUCAGCAAACAAGUGGUGAGAAGCUUUGUCCUGAUAUGUCAGUUUGUGAUGAUGCUUCGGCUGCGCCUGCAUCUUCUUUACAAAGGAUAAUAUGCCUCGUCGAUGAAAGUGUCGUCGGCAUUGCAGCAGGUGCUGAGCAUUCUGCUGUAGUAACAGAUAAAGGAAGGAUAAUGACUUGGGGCUGGGGUGAACACGGUCAGCUGGGCGUAGGAAGCACAGAUGAUCAAAUCUCUCCUCAAAGAGUUGAAAUAGGAUGGAAGGGAUCAGAUUCCAAUCUUCUUCUCAGAGUUUACUGUGGGAGUGGAUUCACAUUUGUGGCUAAACAUGGUUAGGUUUUCAGACUUGCAGAGUGUCUUAAGGAUUAUAUUUUGAGUGGAUGCAAUUGUGUGUGGGUUUACUAUGGAGGUAAGAGCUUGUUAUGAAUAAUCUUUUGUCUGCUGAGGGUAUUUAUUAUUGUUUGUGU